ACCAUCCAUCCCGUCUCAUUGGACUUGAGAAAUGCCCCUCCGUCCUCUCACACGAGCGAUUGUAAAAUCUAUAAUGUCGUAGACACCAAUUCUGCGUGGAAAUUGGGAAGAGCACAAGGGGAAUGAGGGGAGGUGAUGGCGCUGGACCUCACUUACCAACUCCAACACGUAUCCCACCCACCACCAGAUGUGGCCGCGCUACUUCCGCCCCCAUUACCAUUCUCCGAAUGCCACCACAACCGCUUUACAAUUAUAGUCUGUUUCUCUCUCACCUGCACCAUCACCCAACAAAAAAUAAAAAAAAUAUGGGUGCCGCUAUCACUCAUUGCAAAGCGCACCCGCAGCGCCACCACUAAGAUGGAUAACAUCACUUCUUUGACCCAAUCUUCCCUCCUUUGGCCCCAUCUCUCUCAAACGCCAUAAAGGAAAAAAACUUCUCCACUGAUUGCAAAAGGCACAGGUAGCGCCACCACCACCACCUAAUAAGAUCUGUCCUUUGAUCCCAUCGUCCGUCUUUAUCAACCCAAUAAAAGUAAAUUCGCCACUGAUUGCACCACCACUCAAUUAGAAUGGCCCUUUCACCCCUUCCGCUCCGCACCACCACCUCCACCUCCACCACCACCACCACCACCACCACCACCACCACCACCACCACCACUACCACCACCCCUACACGAUAAAGAUAACCUUUUCAAUCCCGUUUCUCCCUCUGCUCUGGCUCUUUGUUCCGGGCCACCGCCGAAUCUGAUAACCAUUUGAGGCCAUCCCUCUUUGUUAGGGCUACUAACCAUCCAUCUCUUUAUCCUGUUGUAGAGGUCCUAGAAUGGGCAAGGAAGUCCCUUAGUGAGGACACUAUGACGGCCUCGACAGCGGAACCUGCUCCUGUGCUGGUGCUCGCCAUGCCUGCAUCCUCCUCCUCUGCGCGCGACCCCUCCAUCUCUCCCCCUCCCCUCCCUCUGCCUCCAAAGAAGCAGCCCCCGGGACCCUGGUCCCACCAAGAGACGGCUCACCUCAUUGAUGCGUACCAGGAGAAGUGGUACUCCCUGAAGCGCGGCCAGCUCAAGGCCCGCCACUGGGAGGAGGUGGCCUCUUCCGUGGCCCUGCGCUGCGGCUUUAACUGCCCCUCGAAGACCUCCACUCAAUGCCGUCACAAGAUUGAGAAGCUUCGCAAGCGGUACCGCACUGAGCGCCAGCGUGCUGGCUCUGUAGACCCCUCGACAAAGUGGGUCUUCUUUGAUCGAUUGGACCAAAUGGAGAAGGGCUCUUCCACCACGCACCGUCCUCCUCCUCCUCCUCCUCCUCCUGAUCAUGACUCUGAUACCACCGAUAACGAGACCGAUAAUAAUAACAAUAUGAGGAGUUUGCACCACCUCUUGCUAGAGCAGCCGGAUCCUCCGGCAUCGACGAGGCCCAUUCCGCCAAGGUUUGUUGUGGGGAAGAGAUCUUCAAGGCCACCUGCCGAGCCGCUGUCAGAGCUGGUGGGGGUGGUGAGGAGUUUGGGUGAGGGUUUUUUGAGGAUUGAGCAUAUGAAGAUGGAGUUAUUGAGGGAGGUUGAGAGGGGGAGGAUGGAGAUGGAGAUGAAGAGGACUCAGAUGGUUCUUGAGUCGCAGCGCCAUGUUGCCGAUCUCAUUGCUAAGGCCUUUGUCGCCAGGAAGAAGUCGAAGUCAUCAGAUAAGUAGAGAGGAAAUAGUGGGAUCGCUGCUUUUUUGCACUUCUUGUUAUGUUUUGUGUUCCUUUUUUCCCUUCCCAGGUUAGAAUGAAACUGAGGGAUAAAAAAAAAAUGUAGGAAUUGGGGCAAUCUUGGGCUGCAAUAGUACCGUUGGUCAUUGUACAGUGAAUUCACGGUGCGUUAAAUUAGAAUCUUCUGAAUUAUCUCAGAUCAAGUUCCUUCCUCUGCCAUGCUUUUCAAGCAUUACUUCGUUGUUGACUUAUUGCUGGUGAUCUAGGACUGAGGAAGUUUAGGCAAAGUUCAUGAUUCUCUGUGAAGUUAUCUCCCGUUGUUUCCAGAAUCGAGUAUCGUUCUUCUGACUUUAAGGUUUAUUCUAUAUCAGGAAUGCUAGCUUAACAUAUUCCAUGGA